CUCCCGUACGGUUUGUCGCGAGUAUCCAGAGCAUCCGCUAUGCCUAGGAAAUCUAAGCAAAGGCGUGCGACUGGUACAAGAAAGGCCGCCUUAUCCGAUGACCCUGGGCCUGGAGACGAUACUGCCAUCGACCAGACUGCAGAACCGAGAAGGGACAGGCCCAGCACGAGUGGUCGACCCACGAAGCAGCAGUUUGCUGGCACUACCCGGUCGAGCGACAUCGGUCCUGGAGCCAACGUCGCCAGGAAGCCUCGCAGGCGCGCCACAGCAUCGAUCUCGGGGAGCCUCUCGUCGAAGUCGAGCGACGCACCCAAGGUCAUCGCCGUGGCCGCAGGACCAACAACCGACGUCGGUGCAGUGCCGACCGACGACGCGGCUGCCGGCUCGAGCGCUGAUACGAAGCGGCCAGGUACGACGAGCGUCGUUCCUUCGACUUCUUUAGAGGCACCGCCUUCAGGCGCGUUCUCGGUCGCCGCUGCGACUGGCCAGGGUCGCCCUCAUGAAGACCCCCCAGAGACGAGUGCACCGCCAAGAGGUGGUGCUCCUAUCUCGUAUCUGCCAAAGACGCAGAUGCAAGAGGAUGCCGCCACCAAACUGACAAAGAGCCUAGUGGACGGCAUCGAAAUUCAGCCACCGCCGAGCGUGCAGUCGUGGACCAGUGGCGCUUCCGGUAGUCUCAUCGAGCUGGCUACGGCAGCCGCUAUAACCGAGCGCGUUGUCCAAAAAGCGGCGAUGCCAGAGACCACAGAACGGCCUCCUUCCGCGAUACUAGAGCACAAGCCGAGCGGCCCGCUGGUACCGCUGCCGAUGGAACAAGCGGUGGUUGCUGCGUCAUUCUCGGGCGCCGUUGUUCCUCGAGCGCCGCCUUCGCCGCUGGUCCCGGCGGCAUGGCCGUUUGAUUUACUGCGCAGUGACACCACUGCAGCUACAGCCUACACUCUAGAUUUACAGAGGCGUCGCACUGGAUCCGUAGUCCAACUCUUCUCAUGGGAAAAAGUGACCAGCAUCAUGGAGCGCAUUGGUAGUUUAGCCAUCCUGGCGGCUGUGCUUCUGUUCGUAGUCGCUGUGUUGUUCGUGUUGCUCCUUCUCGGGGGUAGACGGAUGAGAGGCGGCGAGAAGCCCAGAGUGUGCGCCUCGCGGGAUUGCAUCCAUCACGUCCGCACUCUAGGAAUCGACGUCGGACGCAGCCCGUCACCCUGCGAAAGCUUUGGACGCUUUGUAUGUUCCGGCUGGAAGACCGGUGACCCUGACUUCGCCAAUACUGUCUCCAGGCAGGCAACGUUGGAGUGGAUCUUGCGAGUUGAGAAGAUGAGCCUUGGCGAUUUCGACCGUGACGCCGUAGUCAACAGGCCGCUCACCAUGAUGCGCGAGUGUAUGCGGCAUGCGGCCGAAGAAAAUGACGCAGUAGCCAGCCUUAUAGCCAUGGUGGAAAGCACCAGUCUCGCCUGGCCCACUCAAGACGAGGAGCCUGAAACGCCCGUCGCCGACUACGCGCGCGCCCUGCGACUGCUGCUCGAACUGUCCGUGUUGUGGGCCCUGCCGUUGUGGUUUCACGUCCGCAUGCUUCCGGCUACGGCGCAUAUUCAGAGAGACCGCGCCGUUAUCUUGAGCCCAUCCCGACUGGUGUCCACAUGGCAGGUCUUCCAUAAGACGUUACUGCGCUACGAUGACGCCUAUCCGAUCUACCUGAGCUACUUCAAUACAAGAAUAUUUAAAUACCGGCCUCCGUCGCAGUCGUUCGUGAUAUUUCUAAAAACCAGAAGCGCUAGCGUGCAGACGCAAGUGCUCAGUAAUCUGAGCUCCGUUUCCCAAGCUCUGCACAGGACAUCCAGGCUUCUAGAAAUCCGAGCCCUACCGGCCAUAGUUAGGAAACUGGAUGCCGAGGACUGGGUGCAAGCAUUCCAGUCCCUUUACAGCCCCAGCCACAAGGUCACGGCGAACGAUCUGCUCCUGGCUACGAACGGAGGACUUCUAAAUGCGGUCGGCGCAAUCUUCGCGCGGAACACGGCGCAGGACAUAAUUUUUCACACGAUCUGGUGGUUCGUGCAGUCCGUCGGUGCCGUGGCGAGCAGUGACCUGUUUUCCGCGGUCAACAAGCGUUCGGACAGCAUGUACUUGCGACAAAUCAUCUGCUUCGACCACGCUCACGCGACCUACAACGUGCUGCUCGCUUCGGUGCACAAGGCGCUGUUCUCGACUCACGAAAAGCUUUCCAUCGCCAGGCACCUGGAGAGCGUCCGCACCGUUGCCAUCGAAAAAUUACGUUCCUACUCCAAGCUCAGCGAAACAAGCAAGAUAGCGCUCUCCAGUGUGCUCGAAGAAAUGUCCACCGUCAUCUGGCCAGAGGAGGACUUUGGACGACCAGGUGGUUUCGCAGAGUACUACGGACAGCCUUACCGAGGGCGGGACGGCUUUCUGGGCGAGUGGUUGUGGAGUCGUUUGCAGUUGCAGAACAACAGUGCAGCAGUGGCCGCUGGCAGCCGCGACUACGUAGCCGCUUCCAAAAUCUACCAGGCAGGCUCGGACCAGAUGAUAUCGUACAACCCGAUACUGAACACCAUGUCGGUCUCGUUGACGGCCGUCAGUGCUCCGUUCUACUAUCGCGAGGCCACGAGCGCAAUGAUAUACGGAGGCAUGGGCUUUCUCUACGCGCAAGCAAUUUUCGAAGCACUCGAUGAUUUGGAGCAUCUUUUACACGGAGGCGUCGCGAUGCAGCCGUCGGAUGCGAUGACAACAGCGUGGGCCUUUUGGAACGCCUCGUGGUGCCAACACAUCGACAACAGGCUCGCGUUUCCGGAAGUACCCGCUCUCGACGUCGCCUACACGGCUUACAUCCGGUUCAGAGACGAGGCGGCAGACCUGCCGCUCAAGGGACUGCCGUGCUAUACGCCGAAACAAGUGUUUUUCGCCACCAUGUGCCACUGUAGCUGCUACGUUGGUUCUUCCAAAACGGCGCAGUCUAGGGUGUGUGAUGUGGCGGUGAAACAUUUUGAGCCUUUUUCUGAGACGUUUUCUUGUUCCUUUGGUUCAAGCAUGAACACGUACCCCAAGUGCGUGUAUGCCUGAAUUAGAUUUGUAUACAAUGAAUUCCACCCCUUUAUGGCGCAUUAACAUAAAGGCGCUUUGUAUGUAGCUACAAAAAGAACUUUGCACAUAGAGCUUCUGUACAUAAAUAGUAUUUAAUGAAGCUUUAUCUUUUGUUUUUACUUGGUAUUAGGUUAACUAUUAUUCUUCUCGUGCCUCAUGAUUAUUAUUGCGAUGUUGUCGACACUGAAGUUCCAUGCAAAUACCUACAGAAAUUAAAUCGCUUUGUCAGGACUGUU